ACAACACCUCCGGUCCUCUCAACUGUAUACUUCAAAAGCGCAUUCGUUCCCCAUUCAAGUCGUAUACCCAAGCACCCCAAUAAUCAACACAAACCACACCACCUGUCACAUUACCACAUCCCCAGAAGACAACCAACCCCAACAAUGUCCCUCCCCUCCGAUGCCCCUCCCCCCGCGCUCCCCCCUCACUACCACCUCCACAUCGGCUACCCGCCCAUCGAAGAAUACCUCCACCUCCGCGCCGCCUCAGGCCUCACCCCGAAAACCGCCGCUCAGGGCACCGCCGCCGUCCAGGGGAGCUGGUUCGGCUGCUACGUGACCUAUGACGGUGAUUGCCGCGAAGAACAAGCCGCGGGGAAUUCACCACCAGCAUUGACAACCGGCCAACCUACAACCAUCAGCCCAUCGACACCCACCCCCACCGCCCCAGCGGUAGCCAUGGGCCGCAUCAUCGGCGACGGCGGCUGGUACUUCCACAUCGCUGACAUGGCGGUGCUACCGGAGCACCAGCGGAAGGGGCUGGGGCAGGCGAUCCUGCAGACGCUGCUGGCGCGGAUCCGGGAGGCUGCGCCCGCCGGAGACCCUUACGUGAACCUUUUGGCGGAUGCGCCGGGUCGGAGGCUUUAUCGGAAGAAUGGGUUUUUGGAGAGUGCGCCUAAGGAGAUGGGGAUGGGGUUUGUUAUGGUUCGGGGGGGAGAUAGAUAAAUAGGUAGAUAGAUAGGUGAUGUGGGAUAGGUUAUGGAUUGGUGGGUGGGAGGGGGGAGGAAGGGAGGGUUUUGUCGGUGUUUGUGGUAGACUGGAUGCUUUGCAGCUGUAGAGGAUUAUUGGGGAAAAAGCUCAGAGCAUAUACUAUGGUUGUGGUACUCUGCUUGUAAAUAGGUGGGUUGCUGUGGCUAGAGGCAUGGACUGUAUUGAACGUACACAGCGGGUUAUUAGAAUGACUGCCGGACUAGUCCGAGGAAGGCAGUGCCUGUGCUGUUUCCUUCCUCAGCUAGGAGCAUGUUCCCGCUGACGACCUACGGCUGUGACAGUUGCAUCCCUUGCGGGACAACAUACCUACUGACAACAAUCAACUCUACUCAUACUACAUCUUGCAG